GAGACUGUAGAACUGAACGCACACACAAGUCACGUGAUGAGACCGAACUUUUGGAACCGAACCUGCUGAUCUCUUAAUUUCCGAAGCCGCGUAAGACUCGGACAGCCGUUUAAACGCAUUGUUCAUGUUUUCAUGACACAACCCAAAUGUUAAACCUUUCUUAAUUUAGCAUUCUUGUCCGAUUCUAUUAAUUUCAUAUUUUGUCUUCUAUCACAAGCCAUGAAAGAUAAAAAAGCAGAAAACGAGUAAAAAGGAAGAAGACGACGAAGAAUAUUUCACCUCUUGUUUUGGCUUCCUCCUCAAGCCACUUUGAUUAGUCUUUCUCUUCCCUCGAAGAAACCCUUUUAUCCUUUUUAGUGGUUUGACAAUCCUCCAUUAAAGCUCCCACGAGAAUACCUCUGUAUUUCCACCACACAGCUUCACUUGCCUCUCACGAGAAAUCAGAAAAUAAACCCACUUUACAGAUUGUUAUCUGUACUUCCAUUUCUUAUAUAUAUAUAUAUAUAUAUAUCAUUAGUCUCUGUUUCUUGAAGCUGAAACAGCUAAUUUACAAAAAGAUGAGAUUUACACAGUUGCUUUGGUGUGUGUUGCUUCUACUCCGAUUCGGAUUCUUAGCGGAGGCUAUUCUCAACCCUGUCGAUUUCUUGGCUCUGCAAGCAAUUCGUAAAUCUCUCCAUGAUCUGCCAGGUUCCAAUUACUUCCGGUCUUGGGAUUUCACCUCUGAUCCCUGCAGCUUCGCCGGCGUCUACUGCGACGGAGACAAAGUGGUUUCUCUCAACCUCGGGGAUCCCAGAGCCGGCUCACCCGGUUUAUCCGGUCGAAUCAACCCGGCGAUAGGCAAGCUCUCUGCUCUCACGGAGCUCUCCAUUGUCCCCGGCAGAAUCAUGGGUGCUUUACCGGCAACAAUCUCUCAGUUAAAAGACCUCCGCUUCCUCGCAAUCAGCCGGAAUUUCAUCUCCGGCGAGAUUCCGGCGAGCCUCGGCGAAGUCCGCCGUCUCAGAACACUCGAUUUGAGCUACAAUCAGCUCACCGGAACCAUUUCGCCGGCGAUCGGAUCGUUACCUGAGCUCUCCAAUUUGAUUCUCUGCCACAAUCACUUAACCGGAUCAAUCCCUCCGUUUCUCUCACAUACUCUAACGCGAAUCGAUCUCAAACGCAACAGCCUCACCGGCUCACUCUCUCCCGCGUCUUUCCCUCCCUCGCUGCAAUACCUCUCACUCGCAUGGAACCAGUUAACCGGACCAGUGGACCGGGUUUUACUUCGAUUAAACCAGAUUAACUACCUCGAUCUCAGCUUAAACCGGCUAACCGGUACAAUUCCCGGUCGAAUCUUUGCCUUUCCAAUCACAAGCCUCCAGUUACAACGCAAUUUCUUCUACGGAUACAUUCAGCCAGCAAGUCAAGUGACGAUCCCAACCGUUGAUCUCAGCUACAAUCGAUUCUCCGGCUGGAUAUCUCCGCUUCUCUCAAGCGUCCAGAAUCUCUACCUGAACAGCAAUCGGUUCACCGGAGAAGUCCCAACGAGCUUUGUGGAGAGGCUGUUAUCAGCGAGCAUACAUACGCUGUAUUUGCAGCAUAACUUUCUGACGGGAAUACAGAUUAGUCCGGCCGCCGAAAUCCCGGCGAGCAGCUCGCUGUGUUUGCAGUAUAACUGCAUGGUUCUGCCAUUACAGACGCCGUGUCCGCUUAAGGCUGGCUCACAGAAGGCUAGGCCCAUUACACAAUGCAACCAAUGGCGAGGAUAAUAUCAGAAUUACACUUCCUUGUAGAUUUUCCGGUUAUAAUAUUUUUUUUGACAUCAUGAUAUUUAUUAUAUUAUAUGGUUC